AUGAGUAGCCGCGAUGAACCGGUGCCAAAUAUCGUGCUGUCCGACGUCCAGAAUUCUAUCCCGAAAGACGAGAGAUACACAUGGCAGUUUCUUACGAAGCUGCUUUGGACCUUUUCCUUUGUGAUCUGUAUUAAUAUAGGUGGCAAUGCUUCUAUCUGCAGUCUUUAUGAUCACUAG